AGAGCCACUAGAUUAGUCUGUGAGGGAAGGGGAUGCCUCUUCCUUCCCUUCAACAGUGAAUUAAACUCAUCUGGCACCCUCUGGAACUACGGGAACAAUAUUUUUCAAGAGAAGCCCAUUCCAUCAAAGCCAGGAGCACAGUAUUCUCAAGAUCUCAACAAGGAGGGGCAGACCAAAGCUGCUUCUGAUUUCUUGCGACCUUCCAUAAUACCAAGCUUGCAGCCCCAAAUUCAGGACCCUGUCCUUCCAGGAAGAAAUCAUUUUAGUACUAACUUGCCUUCAUCUUCCAUAUACCACCUAAGCAUGUUUAACUACGAACGUCCAAAACACUUUAUCCAGUCCCAAAACCCAUGUGGCUCCAGACUGCAGCCUCCCGGACCAGAAACACCCAGCUUCUCUAGCCAGACCAAACAGUCUUCCAUUAUCAUCCAGCCCCGCCAAUGCACAGAGCAAAGAUUUUCUGCCUCCUCAACAAUGAGCUCUCAUAUCACCAUGUCCUCCUCUGCCAUCCCUGCUUCUCCCCAGCAGCUUCCUGGUGCCAACCCUGGCCAAAGGGUUACAGCCACCUAUAACCAGUCCCCAGCCAGCUUCCUCAGCUCCAUAUUACCAUCACAGCCUGAUUACAGUAAAAUCCCUUCCACUGUGGAAUCCAACUAUCAAUCUUCAGUUGGCCAACCUGCCAAUGCUAAGCCAUCCCAAACUGCAAAUUCUAAGCCCACACCAAGGACUCCUGACCAUGAAAUACAAGGAUCAAAAGAAGCUUUGAUUCAAGAUUUGGAGAGAAAGUUGAAAUGCAAGGACACCCUUCUUCAUAACGGAAAUCAACGGCUAACAUAUGAGGAGAAGAUGGCUCGAAGAUUGCUAGGACCACAGAAUGCAGCUGCUGUGUUUCAAGCUCAAAAUGACAGUGAUGCACAAGAUUCACCACAGCACAACUCAGAACAUGCACGACUGCAAGUUCCUGCAUCACAAGUAAGAAGUAGAUCAUCCUCAAGGGGAGAUGUGAAUGAUCAGGAUGCAAUCCAGGAGAAAUUUUACCCACCACGUUUCCUUCAAGUGCCAGAGAACAUGUCAAUUGAAGAAGGAAGAUUCUGCAGAAUGGACUUCAAAGUGAGUGGACUGCCAGCUCCUGAUGUGUCAUGGUAUCUAAACGGAAGACCAGUUCAAUCAGAUGAUUUGCACAAAAUGAUAGUGUCUGAGAAGGGUUUUCAUUCACUCAUCUUUGAAGUGGUCAGAACUUCAGAUGCAGGGGCUUAUGCAUGUGUUGCCAAGAAUAGAGCAGGAGAAGCCACCUUUACUGUGCAGCUGGAUGUCCUUGCAAAAGAACAUAAAAGAGCACCCAUGUUUAUCUACAAACCACAGAGCAAAAAAGUUUUUGAGGGCGACUCGGUGAAACUAGAAUGCCAGAUCUCGGCUAUACCGCCACCAAAGCUUUUCUGGAAAAGAAAUAAUGAAAUGGUACAAUUCAACACUGACCGAAUAAGCUUAUAUCACGAUAAUGCUGGAAGAGUUACUUUAUUGAUAAAAGAUGUAAACAAGAAAGAUGCUGGGUGGUAUACUGUGUCUGCAGUUAAUGAAGCCGGAGUGACGACAUGUAACACAAGAUUAGAUGUUACAGCCCAUCAAAAGCAAACUCUUCCAGCUCCCAAGCAGUUACGUGUUCGACCAACUUUCAGCAAAUACUUAGCACUUAACGGGAAAGGUCUGAAUGUGAAACAAGCUUUUAACCCAGAAGGAGAGUUUCAGCGUCUGGCAGCUCAAUCUGGACUCUAUGAAAGUGAUGAACUUUAAUGACUUUACCAACACUGGAAAACACAACAAUGACACUAUUAGUAAUAUAUUCAAUUAUAUUUUUGAAAUAAAUCCAUAGCUAUAUUAACAGAUUAUGCCUUUAAUUACGUAACAUAGCUAAUAUAUAUUCAUAAUAUUAUUUAUCCUUUGACUCUUGCACAUUCAAUUUCUCUGAUUUGUGAAGCCUACAGAAAAUCUGGGUAUAUGAAUUUGUAAUUGAAGACAGCCAUCUUAAAAUACAAAAUUUUAACAUCUAACUCAUACACAAUUAUAGGGUAUGAAUUAACAUCAACUUUUUAAAUAUAUCUAAUGCUUGUAAUAAGGUUUACUGGUACUGCUUUCUAAAUGCUGUUUUACCCAUUUUCCCUUACAGGAAUACUAACCUGGUAUAGAUUAUCUGAGUGUUUCAUAGUUUUAUGUCAAAAGAGAAUAAAAUUCAAAUAUUUAAAA